AACAACUAAUGAAGACUCCUACCUCUCCAGACCUCUCUCUGUCUGCGGACUACUCUGCUGCUCCAGCUCUGUUCUAGCUCUGCUACCAUGUCAGUGGAGGAUGUUAUUCUAGACAUAUUUAUAAAAGGACAAAAAAACGGGAAGAUGCGCCUAAAUGGGAAGCGUCACAUUUUCAGUGGGAGCGACAGUGUGGAGAGACUGUGACCGAGCCGGGGAGCGGAAUAUGCGCCACUGUUCAGCCCUGCACGUCGGACUAAAGCGUCGUAUAAAGUUGCCGUAUAAACGUCCUAUAGCCUCGCUGGAUGAUGUGAUUUUUUUUUCUCUCUCCAGGAUUUUAUGAUCGCACCACGUUUCAGCGGGAAUCUGGAUGAUCCAGUCACGUCAUCAUGGGAUCAGGACCAGACUGACCUGAAAUAGCCUAAAUAUAGGGAGCCAUCAGUCAAAGUUUAAACAAGUCUCAUUAAAAAAAAUGACAUAGUUAAUAAAAUAUUACUGGAGAUUUUCUGUCUGUGUUAAAAAGAGUGGAUGGAGGGUUAUUUUAGACACAGCCUACAGUGUUUGACUAAUUGAAAUAGCCUACAAACUAUCAUUGGAGUUUAGAUUGAGAGCUGCUUUAGUUCAGUCGAUAAUAUAGUCUAAAUGCUACAAGAUAUUAUUCCAACACUGAGGAUGCCACCCUGGGUGUCCUUUCAAGGAAGGGAGACUGGAGAAUGAAAACGGGAUUUCUGCGUCUUUAAUCGGACACAGAAGCGAAGGAAGGAGACGGCCGAAUAAGCCCUUCUUUUUUCUUUUUUUGGAUUGGUCCAAAGAAUAUUUUUUUGCGUGCCCCUUGGACUUCUGCACAAUGGGGAUUAUACUUCAAGUUAUUCUAGGAAUGUUUCAAUUCCUGCUGCUCACCAGAAUACCGACGUCCCAUGCCAAGCUCGCUCACUGGCGGCCGGCAGACUCCCCAAAAUCCAGGGAAGGUCGAGAAGUGCGACGGUGGUUGGAGGUUUAUUCGCGGAGCGGCUGUGAGCCUCGGGACACUCUGGUGGAGGUUUGGCAGGAGUUGCCGGGGGAGACGCACCAUCUCUUCGUCCCAUCCUGUGUGUCGGUGAGGCGAUGUGGUGGCUGCUGUGCUGACGAGGCCCUGGAGUGUGUUCCCUCGCUUACACACACACUCACAAUGGAGCUGAUGAGAACCUCUUUCAUGAAACACGAGCUUGUUGAGCUGCCGUUCGUCGAGCACAGCCAGUGUGAGUGCAGAUUAAAAGAUCAUUUCCAGCCAACACCUACAACAAGGCCCUAUCUGAAGCCAACAAGAACAGACAAGAAAAAGGAGAGAGGAAAGUCCAGACAUAAGACAACUGGAGCCAUCAGAGCUGCGACACAUGCUCCCCUACCUCUUCCUCCCCCAUCCUCUCCUCCUCCUCCAUCACCUCCGCCCACCAGCCUUGCUCCCUCUCCAUCGCCAUCUCCGAGGCCUAGUUGCCGACCCUGCAGAGGAAGAAAGUGGGCACUGAAUGCAACGUCUUGUCAGUGCCGCUGCACCAUCAGAGCUGAGAGCUGCAGCCAGAAAGACAGGAGGCUCAACCCUCACCGCUGCAGGUGUGAGGCCAUGAGGACUUGAUGUGUCCACUGACUUAUUUUUCACCUCCUUCUUUCCACCAACCCUUGUUGAUUCAUCACCCACUCUCAGUGCCAAGUAGCAUACAGACACUUGGACAUCCAGUAACCUCAGAAUGAAGGAAAUCUUUGCGGAAGCACCCACAACCUGUAGAAGCGCUCUUAGUUAAGCAACACGUGCAGCGUAACAGCCUAAAUAUCAAUCUACGUGUGUGUAUGUGUGUGUGUGUGUGUGUGUGUGUGUGUGUGUGUGUGUGUGUGUGCAAUCAAACAUGUUACUAUCGCCUCUGCUUCUGCAACAAAGCUUCUGUCAGUCCACAUGUGCAUGCCUGUACAGACAUGUAGAGUCACAAAACACAUCCCAUGAGUGGAGGUAUGACAGGCACCUUAAUGGCAACUUUGAGAGACAUGGUUUUUAGACAAUUCAUUCUUGGUGGACACAAUUACACAAACUCCUGCUCUGCUGUGGUUUGGGGGUUCUUUAGGUCUGCAGAUGAACUUAUACAAAUACAAGAGAGCAGGGGAAACACAUACUAUUUAAGAAUAAUGGAUAUAAAGUGGACCAGUCUAACACAGGGGUUCUUUGUGUCAACGCUUCAGUGGAAGUUGUAAUUUGUUGUUCGAAGACAAACUGCACAUGGAGAUGGAUUCCAGGGUGAAGUCAAAAUGUUUGUGCGGAGGAUUUGAAAAACAGCGCCAACAGAUUAUAGAUGGACACAUCCACACUCAGACACACCCGAAGAACAUAGAACAUGGACAUGAACUGGCACCCCAGUGUGCGUGGACCUAUAGUUGAGCUGAAUGCUGGGAUGGAGAGUAUCUGUGUGGUCUCCCCACUGAAAGACCCAGAUGGGAUAUCCCUGCAGCCAUCUCUUUCAUUCAAAUCGUAUGACCACGGGCUGGCUCUCCAAGCCGCUUUCCGGCAUUUGUUUAAUUUGGGCCUUUUGUCUCCAUCUUCCCUCGGCUCCUCGAUUGAAAGCAGCCGCUUUGCCUCUCUUUGCCUCUCUUUGCCUCUCUUUUAGGCAGUGAGGAGAAUGACAAUAAUGAGGCCUGGCGGCUGUCCACUGCUUCACACAUUCACACUUAUAAUACCAGGAACACAGACAACAGUGCAAAUGCAGAAAGACACACAAUCUCACUCACUCUGUGCUAUGGCACACAUACAUUCAUAUUUAGACACACAUAGAAUGUGUAAUGAAUGCAGGUAGCCAUAAGCAUUUGUUUGUGCCACACCAAGUGUGCAAAUAUAUGUCAGUUAUUGCAAUUUACUGCAAAGUCUUCAUUUAAUAUUGUAUUAUAUGCCUCUGUUUUAUAUUUUAUUAUAAUUCUGUCAAGUUGAUUGAAAGAUACUCUAUAUUGCUGAAUGUGUGUCUUUGUUUUGUUUGUUCAUCUUUAAUCCGUCUGCAUAAAGAGUCAAGCUGGGUGGCCGGCUAUUUAUACACUCAGCAUCUAAACCGAUACCCAAACGUAUUGAAUUUAAACAGACACGGCUAACACGGGCCACAAAUGGGAGACUAUAUACAUCAUAAUGUGUAAUUCAAACAAUCAGUGGGGCAGUGUUUUCCGCAGCACACAGAAACCAAGCAAAUAGCCGUUCCCAAUGCAGUGAAGGAAUAAAUGGCUGUUUUUGUUGCAUGUUAGACAUAACUUGUUUAUAUUCUGACUGAAUCGCACGGUUUAACUCCAUGUUAGUUCAUGACUGCAUGGAUGCUGCGUAGGAACAGGGAUUUGAACUGUGAUUCAGUUUCAGAAAGGACAAAGUCUUGAGCAGCAUGUCAGUCAGAGUGACAGGCUAAAGCCAGAGCUCAGAGGACCCAUUAUGAUGGGUCAUGGAGUUUAAACCCAUUUUUGACACUCAUUCAGACCAUUUGUUUUGUGCUAAAUUUGACUCAAAACAUUACCAGUGACGUUGUAUCUCCAUGACAAACAGUAGCUUUGAAACUCUAUAAUUCAUGUCUGUACUCUCCCCCAGGAUUCAUACGAUCCUGCUGAUUGGAACUGUCCCUAAAUCCUAAAUUAUUUGUGUGUCAGCUAAUAUUUGAGCUAAAAAACUUUGUUUCAGGGGCUGGUGUGAUAAGCUCUGUAUUUAAACUCUCCUGAGAUGAGAUUAUUUUUUUUCCUUGCUUGAGUCCAUUGUUCAGUGUUUGUUAUAACCAUCAAUCAAUGCUUCAAUCACUACCUCUAUAUAUCAUAACAUAUUAAUGACCAAGUAUUAUUGUUACUUUCUCUGUGUUAUGUCAGACCUCUUUUAAGAUAAUAAUGUUUUUAUUUACAUUUAGCAAUAAGCAGUCUCCAGUGUAGAGAUGUGGAACUGCAGCAGAUCUGUAGUGAUUAUCACUGGUUUAGAGGAACCUAUAGGAGUUUUCUGUGUGCUUCUUAAUAAUCUGAAGGGAAGCAUUUUUUUCAUAUGAGGAGAACUGAACUGGUCCUCUGAGUACAGACCAGACACUGUGUGAUAAUGUGGAACAGGAGAUGAUUUUCCCAAAGUGUUUGUAGCCUAAAACUACUGGUGAUCUUGGCUUUAAAGGAAUAGUUUGACAUUUUGGGAAGUUCACUUAUUCACCUUCUUGCUGAGAGUUAGAUGAGAAGAUUGAUACCACUCUCAAUAGAAGAAAAAACUGAAGAAGUUAAAAGCUCCAUUCAAGCAGACAUGUACGACAUAUCGAAGACAUUCCACCUAAAAGAGUUGUGGUGCUGAGAUCAUUUGUUGAGGGUUUCUGGGGUUCCAGUUGUUUCCUCUUGUGACCAAAACAUUUCUUAUUUCAAAGUACAAAUUCUAAACAAUAAAAGCAACAACAGCGAAUCCCAUCAGGAAGCAUUUGUAUCUGCUGUAGCCUCCCAUCAUUUCAACAUCACAACUCUUUAAGUUAUACAGCUUGCGCGUAUUAAUAUCCUACUCAAAUGUCCUAAUUCUGUGUCAGUAUCAAACAUCAGUGUGCUUUAUAUCUGCACAGUCUACAUUGCGCUGUAAAGGUAGCCCUGUUCUAGCCUCCAGUGUCUUAGCCGAUAGAGACCCCUUACUAAACUAUGUAACAUUUUAUAAUCUCUAAAAUGCCAUGACCUUGUGUAUGACGUAGUGCAUACUUUAGAGAUGUAUUUGUAACUUCAUUUUAGCUAUACUUCGUAAUGAAUCUCUUCUCUGUGAAUACGUUGUACUAUUGUAGCCUAUGUAUAAAGAAAACACUCUUUUUUUUUGCUGCUACACCAUUUGUGCCCUAUUAUGAUGUCUUUGUAGAAAACAAUGCAGUUUUAUGUUGUAUUAGUAUAUAAAUGCCAAUUAAUCGAUUCAAUGUCCACGUAAUGUGUAUACUGCAUCGUCAAAUAUAUUGAAAAUGAUACCAUGA